AUGAUGUGGUAUUAUAGUAUUCUAUAUUUAUUCUUCCCUUUAUCUAUCUAUCUAUCUAUCUAUCUAUCUAUCUAUCUAUCUAUCUAUCUAUCUAUCUUCUUUCUAGCUAUGUAUUAUUCUUUCAUUCUUUCUUUCUUUCUUUCUAUCUAUCUAUCUAUCUAUCUAUCUUCUUUCUCGCUAUAUAUUAUUCUUUCUAUCUAUCUAUCUAUCUAUCUAUCUAUCUAUCUAUCGUCUUACUCGCUGUUGAUUUAUCUUCCUUUCUUUCUUUUUCGUUCUAUCUAUCUCUAUCUAUCUAUCUAUCUUCUUUCUAGCUAUUUAUUUAUCUUUCUUUUUUCUUUCUUUUUCCUUUCUUUCUUUCUUUCUUUCUUUUUUCUUCCGUUCUUUUUCGUUCUUGCUAGAUAUUAUUCUAUCUAUCUAUCUAUCUAUCUAUCUAUCUAUCUAUCUAUCUAUCUAUCUAUCUAUCUAUCUAUCUCAGUCACCGCCCUGAUUCUUUAUAGUCUAUUUCUCCAUUCUUUCUUUCUUUCUUUCUUUCUUUCUUUCUUCCUUUCUUUCUUUCUUUCUUUCUUUCUUUCUUUCAGUCUCCGCCGUUAUUCUUUAUAUUAUAUUUAUUGUUUCUUUCUCUCUUUCUCUUGUUUGCUUUCUUUAUAUCUAUCUAUCUAUCUAUCUAUCUAUCUAUCUAUCUAUCUAUCUAUCUAUCUAUCUAUCUAUCUAUCUCAGCCUUUUCCAUUAUUUUUUAUAUUCUAUAUCUCUAUACUUUCUUAA